CUCUCUCAGCCCCGCUGCAAUAAAGGCAGAUAGCGGACCAUGGGGAGCAAGGGGGGGGAAACUUUUUUAUACUGACAUGUCAGCGCUAUGACUUUUGACUAAGACUUGACUGGGGCCAGGCUCCGGGCGUGAGGAGCGUGCAAGUUGUUGUUUUUUUCGGGAUCAAAAAAGGAGAACGCGACUUCUCGCCCCCGAGGAAAAAAGCCACCAAGAAACGAGUUCCAUUGAAAGUUUCAGCGGUGGCAAGUCGAGUUCAGCCCUUUGGAUUGAAGAUGAGCUUAUUGUCUGCCAUAGACACGAGUGCCUCCGUGUACCAGCCUGCGCAACUCCUCAACUGGGUCUAUCUCUCCUUGCAAGACCCCCACCACCAGACCAGCGCCUUUGACGCAUUCAGACCCGAGCCCAACUCUUCCCACCCGGACCUCAACUUCAGCAAGAGUCCCGCUUCGGCCGACUUGAGCUCUUCUCUGAACUCCAACUAUCUCAACAACUUCUUUCAGCUACAACGCAAUGAGGCCUUAAACAACAACGUGUAUAAGAAUGUAUCGCCCUACGGCUCCCUGAACAACAUCGUGGACGGACUCAACUCGCUGACGGACCACUUCUCAGACCUUUCCCUUUCAUCGGAGCCGAGAAAGCCCAACAAGAGACCGCCGCCGAAUUAUUUGUGCCACCUGUGCUUCAACAAGGGUCAUUACAUCAAAGACUGCCCUCAGGCCCGACCCAAAGGAGAAGGCCUGACCCCCUACCAGGGCAAGAAAAGAUGCUUUGGCGAGUACAAGUGUCCAAAGUGUAAGAGGAAGUGGAUGAGCGGUAACUCGUGGGCCAACAUGGGGCAAGAAUGUAUCAAGUGCCACAUCAACGUCUAUCCACACAAGCAGCGUCCGUUGGAGAAGCCGGACGGCUUGGACGUGUCCGACCAGAGCAAAGAGCACCCGCAGCACCUGUGUGAGAAAUGUAAAGUCCUGGGUUACUACUGCCGCCGCGUGCAAUAAACGUCUCCCGUCGCUGUGGCGUGACGAGCCAAGAACGCUUUCGCGGUCAUCCUCCACUCCAUCAUCGACCCUCAAAUCUAGCAAUGGUGUUAAGAGAUGACAAAAAACAGAGGAAUGCAUUUGUGUAAAUCAGCUUCUUGCGUGGGAAAGCCUUUUCAAUUAUUUUCUCAUUAGGCUCAUUGAUUACCUCAUUUUGGGGUUUGUCACCUUUGUGUUUACAGAAAUCCGCCUUCCAUUUCCCUGCCAAGUGAAGUGUGUCCAUGCGUGCGUUGUGUACAUCCACACGCAAACACGACAUUGCCACAUUUAGGGUCAACAGCACAUCUUUAUUUACUGUGAAUUAACUGAGGGAUAAUGUGCCAUACAUCCCAAGCUUACAUGUGGCCUAUUUAUUUUCUUAUUGUCUAGUGUGCAAUUUGACUGGGACAGGAAAACAUAUAUAUGAUUUUUUGUUGUUUGUUUGUUUGUUUGUAUUCCGCAUUGUGCGACUGCUUCCACAUCUUUAGAAACUACUGCGGGAUUAGUAUAGCGCCGUUACGUUAUGUGACCAUCCGUGCAGUUCUUUGGGUAAAAUGUUUUUAAAGCAAGACUUACUCGUCAUGCAUAGGCUGAAUAUAUUUCUUGUCGUUUUAGCGCCAGUUGCAUGCUUGUCGGAGGCGGUGGAACUAAAUGGAAAGUACUGAAUGUUCUGAUUGCGGUUUGAUAAGUGCAGAGAAGGUCAAUGAAGGUUAGCAGGAAAGCAGCCAUUUAAAGGCUGGGCAAGGACAAAAUAAAACAAAUGAAUACGAGGAAAAACGGCUUGAGAUACGAAAGAAUGCUUGGGCCACCGUGAAAAAAAAAAAGAAUUACAGUUAGGAGGAAAAACAUUAUAUUUUGAGACCUAAGUCUUUAGAAAAUCUUCAGAAAAAAAAUGCAUUUAUGAAAUGAUGCAAAGAUGUAUUUUCAGGGUGUGAGCCUAGCUAGCUCGCUAGCUAACUAACUACAUGCUAACUGCUAACGGCACUCAGACUCAGAAUUGUGUCAAUUGCUUUAGCCACAUCAGUUAAAGAAAAUGGAAAACUGAAAUGGUGCAAAACUCUUUCAUGCUAUAGUAUAUUUUUACAACUAAACACUACACAUCUCCGUCUUUGCUCAUUUCUAGCAAUGAUCUUCAUUUCAAAACACACUUUACAGGGUCUUAAAGACAGAUUGAUGAAUUAAUCUCCAUGAUAAACAUGAACAGUACACUAUGUCCUUAAAAGUCUUUUGAGCAACAAAAGAACACUAAACAUCGUUUACUUGAUGUCAACAUUCUCAGUUGUAGUCACCCACAAUGUCGGACAUCUUUUUCAUGACAAUGAUGUGCCUGCCCAGUCAGGUAUUACUAGGUUUCCCCAAAAUGCAAAGUUUCAUCACCACUCAUCAGCACAGACGAAACCUGCUUGAAAUGUGUUUCUUCUCAUGUCCAUCAUUGGGAACAAUACUUUUUUGUUGUUGUUUUGGGGAGAGCAAACUUAAAAGCAGCCCUGUGAGAACCUUCCAUCUGGGCUGACAAGCAUUAAAACCUCUAGUAUAAAAAAAAUAACCGACAAAUGCUGAUUUUAUACGACAAUAAACCCUUGUUUGCAGCAUAUUUUCGUCUAUACCUGUAUAUAUAAAUAUAUAUAUUGAGGAAAAUGGUUCCACAUCCCUGUACUGGGAACUCACCAGAAGGCCUUUCGAACACACCGUAGUGCGGCAGCCAGGGAUGCCUUUUUUUGACAUAACCGCAGUGUAGCGAUUAACAUAGUUGGCCCGGUGACGAUGUAAACGGCACAUCAGGAGCAAACGGAAGCAGAACAAACAAAUAAAUCUCUUCUUUUGUCUUGAAUUGACAUUUAUACUUGACUUUUCGAUUAGCUUUUCACUAUAAAGCCUAUAAAAAAAAAAGCGUAUAUAGAUGUGUAUUUUGCAAAACGUAGAACAUUUUAUAGCAACUUAACUCGAGUUAUGACAAAUACUUUAUGAACGAAUAUUUAUGUAUAUAUGGCCGUCAUUUCGAAAGUGUUAUGGAAUAUUAAGCCUUUUGUGUGUGUGUGUGUUUGUGUAUGUGAAGAAGGGCCUUUGCCGCCAAGUAAACGUAGCUGGGAGUUUUCUUUCUUCUUCUUGGAAGUUUUACAAUAAUCUGCAGAAGUAUUUAUGGAUUUUUUUUUUUUUUUUACAACUCUUUGUAUAGAAUAUGCAAACAAAUUUACACUACGGAGAAAAUAUUGAUGUCUACUUAGAUAAUUAAAGAAAAGAAAAAGCUGGUACAUAAUUAAUCUUUCUCAAUUAUAUUUUUUGUGAAUAACUGACAUUAGCGUGACAUUAUGAGCUGAAAAUGUAUCAUUGUUUUGUGGCUAAAAAAAUAUAUAUAUUGUGUUAACAUGCAGAAUGUUUCGUCGCCACUGUAUGAGCACGUUAAAACUGUGAGACGCGGCUUGUCUCGAGCUGACCUAUUAUGGGAUGUUCCAGUGUUAUCGCUAGCUGUUAGCUCACGACAAAGAACUAGUUGAGUUUGCAUGUGCAUGUCUCCAAUGAAGUAUUACGUUUGUGCAAUCUUACCUAUGUUACUAUUUAUUUUUGUUUGGUAGUUGCAGUAUUACAUUUACAGCUUUUUAAAAUACUAUUCACAGAAUGUAUGUAGUGUGUCAACAACGAAAUGUGUGUAUUCUGUUACACAACAUUGCAACAUGUUUAAAAACAACAACAAAAGUGACUCUUGGGAAGUUGGGAGGUUUUCUGAGAAAAAGGACUUUCAUGGUUCCGAGAGUUGACCGACCGCGCGUCUGUUUUUCAUGUCCAUGAAACGGCAUUCCAAAAUGUGCCUUAAUUGUUUGCUAGGAAAUAAUCUUUUAGUGCUCUAGUGAUGUCUACUUUGAUGAAUAAAAGUCUGACGGAAAGUCUG